GUGGCCUGACCUCUCUGAGCCUCGAGUUGGCUCCUCUUCUGAAACGUGAGGACAAGAGUUCUGACCACCAGAGUGUGAGGCUUGAAGGAGGUGCCGGGGCUCAAGAGCCAUUGCAAGACCUGGCACAUAGUAGGCGCUCCGGAAAUGAGUUCCCCAUCUUUCCUGAGCCUCCCCUCCCAUGUCCCUGGCCGUGGGGAGUGACAGGGUUAGGAUGGGCCUCAGGGAGACGGGGGCUGGGACGCUUGGGACCCUGAGCCCCUCCCCAUGGUGCCCGGAACCCAGUGAGGGGGCCCCACCUCCGACUUCCUGCGGCACCGGCCACAUCCUGCCCUGGGGUGCCCUGCGCAGGCCACUUCCCCCUCUGGCUGGGGCGGCAACCCCAGAACCUGAACAGGGGCGAGGACAGACGGAGAAGGAUGGAUAGAUUCUGGACGACCCCCGGCCAAUUCUCCCUUCUGGCAGCUCUGGUCCCGCGGCUGGUUAAGGCCCAACCCUUGGCCCAGCGGAAGCCGUGGCUGGUAGGGCUGGGGGCUGCGCUGGCCUUCCUGUUCCUCAUCUUUGUCCUCACCUUGGUCUACGCCAUCUGGUGCAGCGAGCCCUGGGACAGCAGUAAAGAGAAGGAAGAGGAGACUGUGAGAAAAGAGGAGAAGGAUGGAGAGGGCGACUGGGGGUUGGAACUGGAGGAGAGAGGGGCCUCCGAACCAUGAAGCAAUGGCAAGCUCCUUCUCGCGAAGGUUUCCCACUCAUCUCCUCCAGACAGCCACCCAAAGAUGCCCCAGUGCCUCCUCCAUACCCAUCAGCAAGGACCCGGUCCUGGGGCCAGUGAGAUAACUCCAUCUGGGAUUCAGGGUAAAGUGCCCUUGAGUGCAGAGGACUCAGGACCUGCCCCAAGUCCCUCUUGGAGGGCUCUCUGCGUGUUACCUGGUCGCCCUGUACCCCUUCCCAAGCUUGGUCUCCACUCUUCUUGAGCCUGGAGGACACCCCUGGCGCAAGGAGCAACCCACCUCCCCGAGACCCCCUACCAUCUCAUAUCUCUACCCAGUCUGCAUCGCUGUCAGCUUUUGGCCCUUUUGAUUUCUUCUCCUACCUCCGAUUUCUAUUGCCCUUUGGAUUUCAUCGGAGAAGCCAGGUCCUCCUCUUGCCCACGUGCAAGCUCUUCCAAGAGUUUUCCAGGCCUGCUUCAAUGAAUCCAUAGGAAUCACUUGUCUCCCAGCCCCUCUCCUGGCCUCGGUUUGCUGCUCCUGAACGUGAACUUUGAGCUGGCUCAGAGCAAGGCCGUUUCCUGGGAGAUGAAGGCUCCUCCUACCUUGUGCUGAAUUUCAGGGCACUGUUCUGGAGGCUGGGACUCCCAGGGCCUGGGGUGAGGGUGCAGGA